CUUUCCUCACUGUGUACCUCUCCCGUAAGGCUACUUCUCUUCCUUCGCUUCCUCUUCUCCUUAGAAACCAAUAGUCUCUUCCUACCCUUCUCCACUCCCUAUAAAUCCAUUUCAAUACCUCCACCUUGGCUUAAUUCCUUCUCAGUUACCCCUUAACAUGGAUUUCUUUACUUCUUCCUCUACUACUGCUUCCUCCUCCUCCUCUUCUAUUUCUUCUGGGACCUGGGAAGAAGGAGGAAGUGGUAGCUCCAGCUCCAUGGUUUCUGAGAUGGUUAGAAGGGUGAUGUGUGCCAUAGUUACCUGUGUUUUUGCUAUAGUUGGUUCAUUCGUAGGGGCUGUGACAGGUGCUUUGAUUGGCCUAGCAACCGAGAGUGGAUUAUUCCGAGGUGCUGGAAUUGGGGCUAUUUCUGGAGCUGUUUUCUCCAUCGAGACUGUUGAAUCAUCUCUUGAUCUUUGGAAUUCCAAUGAAUCAGGGAUUUGGAGUAUCCUAUACUUGAUGGACAUCAUCUCUAGUCUUUUGAGUGGAAGGCUUGUUCGAGAGAAGGUUGGACCAGCUGUCCAAAGUGCAGUACAGAGUCAGAUGAGUGCUAUGGACUCACCCUACAUGGAGAUUCCUGAUUUCUUCGAAACCGGAGGUACCGGGGGAAUGUCGGAGGAUUCUGUAGACAAGCUCCCAAAGAUUAAAAUCACUGCAGAUAACAAUGUGGAUGCCUCAGGUGAUCAAAUCUGCUGUUCAGUGUGCCUGCAGGACUUCCAAAUUGGAGAGACAGCAAGGAGCUUGCCCGAGUGUCGGCAUAUAUUCCAUUUACCAUGCAUAGAUAACUGGCUCACCAGACAUGGUUCUUGCCCUCUAUGCAGAAGGGAUAUUUAGAUCCUUCCCCUGUAGAUUACGAGGCAUGAGAUAUAUAUAAUAUAUAUGUGAGAUGUCAUGUAUAUGGGGUUUUCCUAAUUCUUUUACACCUCUUGUUAUUUUCCCCCUUUUUAGGGGUUCCAUAGUUGUGGAUUAUGAGAUGAAGCUUUGCUUCUGCUAUGACGUUUAUAUAUCUAUUAAAAAGUAUGGUUUUGGACUCCUUUUACCAUCGA